GCAGUGCUCCCUCACCCGUGCACUAGAGUGACAGCCUAGACCAUGUCUAACCUAGAGCUUUGAAGCUCAGCAGGGUACAACAUCUACCUUUUAUGUACAAAGAGGGUGUGAGCGGUAAGAUAAGCUCAUAUAUGGACAUACACAGUAUCAGUUUACAGUGAAAUCCAUUAUGUUGAUCUGCUAUCAAGAUACCACACAUAAAUAACAUUGCAUGCAAUGACCUGCUGCCUUCAGUUUAUCACUGUGAAGAAAAUGUACAUUGCCGUGCUUCUCUUCACAAUGAUUGGAAUGGCGAAUUGCCUUCCGCAAAAUGAAGGGACUUUGGCGAGCAAGCAAGAACCAUUUCAUAUUUCCAAGACCGAGGUCCUCAGGACAGAACAAACACAAGAACAACCAAAAACGGUAUCGAAUAAGCCAUUACGUCGUAUGAAACGGGCUUGGGUACUGAAAACAUUUACCAUUGAAGAAAACGAUAAGGGUCCUUUCCCUAAAAAAGUACAUACUUUUCCUCCUGGCUACACAAUAGAUGGUCCUGGUAUUAAUGAAGAACCAAAUAUGGGGCUAUUUAAGCUAAACGAAAAAUCGGAACUGGUUGUUAAUGGGGCAAUUGAUCGUGAAAAAAUUGCCCUGGAGGAAAAGUCAACAAUCAAGUUGCAUGCUGCUUAUAGCCAAAGUGGAUCAUCUAAUCGUCCAUUGGUAAUUAUCAUCAUCGUAAAGGACCUCAAUGAUAACAUACCACAAUUUACCCAAAAGGAAUAUUGGAUUGAAGUUCCUGAAAAUACGACAGAAGAGAUACAUCAAGUAAAAGCUUACGAUGCAGACCAAGAAAACCAUCCCAAUUCUAACAUCACGUAUACAAUUACUUCUCAGACUCCCAAGUCUUCGGAUAUUAUUGCUAUCGACUCAAAAACUGGAAUGAUUUAUUUUAGAGGGUGCUUAGACUAUCAGACUGUAAGUAAAUACACUCUUAAAAUUGAAGCAAGUGACAAUGGGAUACCGAAACAUACCAAUUCGACAUUGGUGGUCAUUUCAGUUUUAGACCAAAACAAUCAUGCUCCUACAUUUGUUACAAACACUUACACCUUUUCUGUGGUUGAAAGGAAGCAGACCGUGACUGGGCCAAUAUUGCAAGUCAUUGAUAAAGAUUUGCCCAACACUGCUGCAUGGAGAGCAAAAUUUAGCAUAACUAAAGGGAAUGAGGAUGGACACUUCGAGAUUCGUACAGACCUAAAAACAAACGAGGGACAUCUGGUGCUUGUUAAGCCUUAUGAUUUUGAAGCACAAACCAACUCUGAAAUCAAUCUUGAGAUUUCGGUUGAAAAUGAAGAGCCACUUUUUACUUGUUCGUCAAAACCGUAUUCAAAGAAGAAAAACAGCAUUACCGUUCUUAUAAAGCUGAUUGAUGCAAAUGACCCACCCGAGUUCCAACCUCCGAUAGUAACAAUGCACUUAGAAGAAGGCUUGAAAUCUGGACAUUAUCUAAAUACAUUCACGGCCAUCGAUGUUGAUAAAAUAUAUAAGAAUAAUAUCAGAUACGAGAAGGGAUUUGAUCCGGAUGACUGGGUUGAUGUGGAUUCAGAAACUGGGAUUGUGAAAACUAAGAAAGUACUGGAUCGAGAAUCAAUCUACGUCAAGAACAAUUUCUACAAUGUCACCAUAUUGGCGAUUGAUGAUGCUACACCUCCUUUGACGGGAACAGGAACUUUGGUUAUAUUCCUCACAGAUAUCAAUGACAACACACCUUUUCUGAAGUUCACCACAUUGAACAUGUGCAGCAUUCAUUCAAAAGUAAAAGUCACAGCAGUAGAUAAGGACAAUUAUCCUUUCUCCCAUCCAUUUAUAUUUGAGUUUCUGGAGAAUGAAAAUGGCAUCAAAGACAAGUGGAAGUUUGGCACCCAUGAUGAUAAUUCUACCGAGCUAGUAAAAUUGCAGGAUUUUCCAGUUGGAACUUAUUCUCUACCAUUAAGAAUCCAUGACAAGCAAAAUUUAUUCAACGAUGACAUUUUGACUUUAAGAAUUUGCCAUUGCCCUGAUGGGCGCAAUUGCUUGGACAAAGCACCUUCAUCCGCGUUGGGAGGUGAUGCCAUUGUUCUCAUCUUUGCCAGUCUACUGUUAUUGCUUUUUGUCUUUCUUUUAUCUUGGUCCAAAGCCAAAACUAAAUUGAAACAUUUUGAAAAAGACGGUAUAUCCAGCUUGAAAAAGUACAACAUUGAAUGUCAACCUGACCAGAAACAUUUGAUGGACUGGUCUAAAUAUGUAACACAUAGCUCUGCAAAGAGACCUUACCGAAGUGGAGUAAACACGACAAAAGUCCCGUUCGACUGUUCUGAGCAUGCUAUGGUGGGAUCUUACAGAAGUGGAGCAAACAACUCAGUGAAUGAACGAUAUCAGAAAGCACAUUUUCAAUAUAAUGCGGAUCAGUCCUAUUGCUUACUUGAUGAUAAUCUUCACACCUACACACCAAGAACAUCCAGCGUUGAUGAUUUGCAGAAACCUUUCAUUAUCAAUGGAAGGAGCCAUAGAUUUGAUUUCCACGAUGAUGCAGAACAAACAUUUAGAACACAGCAAUCACAAAAAAUUCAAUUAGGACACUGGGAAAACCAAAGUGUACACCAUUUUAAGUACUGAACCCCUGGUGUGCACAAUUCUUGAUGGAACCACAGAAAGGAUCAGUGAUGUACAUUUGGAAGGUGGAACUGUUUUCAGUGCUUAUAAAUGGAGAAUGUAACUAGUCGAUAUGGUUUUAGUACGUUAUUGUUACUUUUAUUUUGACAAAGCAAAUCUCUACUUUUACAAAAAAUCAUGCUCGUUUAUUUCCAUUCAAGAGCAGGGUAAAAAUCAAUGUAUAUGAGUCCAAGACAGCUGUAGGAGGGUGGAGGGGUGGUUCAUUUCACGAUAGCUACUCUUUCAAAAUUGAUCAUAAAGCAUUCUAUGUUCCGAUUUGUCAGAUACAGUAUCAAUGGAUUCAAGAACCUGAUAUCUAAAUCCCGAGCUUCUCAUUUUUGAGCUGUGUUGUUUUGCCAGCUUGUGGGUUGAUUUUUAAAAAAAACAUUGCCAACGUGCAAUAUAUUUUGACUGCCUUGUAAAACUCUAUAUGUAAUGAAAUUUAUAAUGUAAAUGUUGUAUACAUAUCUCCUGGUCCUAUUG